GUCGGCUCAGCAUUCCGCGCAUUCCUGUGCCAAAGCGCUAUGGCUACGAAGCGGAAGAUUGAGAACGCUCCAAACCCCGACGGCGCCAAGACGAUCCGCGGUUUGGACUUGCCCACCUAUGAUGGGGCUGGUCUUCGCAUCGGGAUUGUGAGCGCGAGAUGGAACUCGGUGGUUUGUGAGAGCUUGGUGGCUGGGGCUGUGGAGGCCCUGAAGUCCUGCAACGUCACCGACAUCACCAUGGAGUACGUCGCAGGAUCCUACGAGAUUCCGCAGGCAGCGCAGGUCCUCCUGCAGUCCGGCAAGUUCGAUGGCCUCAUUUGUAUUGGCUGCCUGAUCAAAGGCGGCACCAUGCACUUCGAGUACAUCAGCGAGGCGGUGACGCAGGGGAUCAUGAGGCUGAACCUCGAUUACAAGCUGCCGGUCAUCUAUGGCAUCUUGGGCUGCUUGAACGAGGAGCAGGCCAAGGAGAGGGCCGGAGUGGAUGGAGCCGGGCACAACAGCGGCAAGGACUGGGGCAUCACCGUGGUGGAGUCCUGUCUGCUCACCAAGAAAUAUCAGAAAGUCCUGGGCUCGUAGCGACUGGGCGACUGGGGCCGUUUCGGCCGUGUUCAGCGGCGAGUAGCCCAACUCGCAGCAGCAGCGUGCGGAUUACGUUUCCAUGGUUGUCGUUGGGAAACAUUUUACAUUUUGGCUUAUUGCAGUUUAGUGGUAAAUCCCCACUUAAUUGCUAAAAUUUGUUAUUUUGCUCCCCUUCCGGCAC